UCCUUGUGACGUGUGGUGUCCCUACUCCGCGAGCCUCGUACCAUACCAUCGUCCAGUCCAGUGCGCCGUCUUAUCUAUCAGCUCGCCCAUUGAAACGUCUUUUGCCUUCCAGCUCCAAAGCCGCAAACAUGUCCAAGAUUCAAGCCGGGCCAGUAGUCGACAUCCUUGGGGAUGAAAUGACCAGAAUCAUCUGGGACUUGAUCAAAGACAAGCUGAUUCUGCCUUUCCUCGACAUCGAGCUGCACACUUAUGACCUGGGCAUCGAGAACCGGGACAAGACCGACGACAAGGUCACCGUCGAGUGCGCCAACGCUGUAAAGAAGUACAACGUCGGCAUCAAAUGCGCCACGAUCACGCCUGACGAGAACAGGGUUAAAGAAUUCAACCUGAAGCAAAUGUGGAAGUCUCCAAACGGCACCAUCCGAAACAUCCUCGGCGGCACCGUCUUCAGGGAGCCGAUCAUUUGCAAAAACAUUCCGCGGCUUGUCACUUGCUGGACGAAGCCGAUCAUCAUCGGACGUCACGCGCAUGCCGAUCAGUACAAAGCAACCGAGUUGAUGGCCCCAGGCGCCGGCAGGGUUGAAAUCACGUUUAUCCCGAAAGACGGCAGCGCUGGCGAGACGAAAGUGGUGCACGAAUUUGACGGUGCAGGCAUCACGCUGGCCAUGUUCAACACGGACGAAUCCAUUCGUGGCUUCGCACACUCGUCGUUCAAAUUCGCGCUCAACCGCGCCUACCCGCUGUACAUGAGCACCAAGAACACCAUUCUCAAGUUCUACGACGGCCGCUUCAAGAACAUUUUCCAAGAAAUUUACGACAACGAGUACAAGUCGCAGUUCGAGGCCAAGGGAAUUUGGUACGAGCACCGCCUCAUCGACGACAUGGUCGCCUACGCCAUGAAGUCCGAGGGUGGAUUCGUCUGGGCCUGCAAGAACUACGACGGAGACGUCCAGUCAGACUCUGUUGCUCAGGGAUACGGCUCUUUGGGAAUGAUGACGUCCGUCUUGAUCUGCCCUGACGGAAAGACUGUCGAGUCUGAAGCAGCUCACGGCACGGUGACGCGCCACUACAGAUUCCACCAGCAGGGCAAGGAAACCUCCACCAACCCCAUUGCCUCCAUCUUCGCCUGGACCAGAGGUCUGCUGCACCGAGCCAAGCUGGACAACAACGCUGCGCUCAAGAACUUUGCCGAAAAGCUGGAGGAGGUUUGCGUGGAGACCAUCGAGGCCGGGUUCAUGACUAAGGAUCUUGCCAUUUGCGUCAAGGGCAUGGCCAAUGUUAAGCGUGAGGACUACCUGGACACCUUUGCCUUCAUGGACAAGCUGGCCGAGAACCUGAAAAAGAAACUUGGCUGCUGACUAGCCGGCCAAACGCAAACCAUCGCCUCAAAAAUCUAACACCAAAUUUUUGCUUAACUGUGACUUUUUGUUUUUGUUUGUACUGGUUACAAUUUGUUGAUUUAAUUUGCCUUUCAGUGAUAGGACUCAAUAAUGUCAUUUGUUCAAUUUCAAUAUAAAUAUAUACACUUUUUCCAACAAUAAUUAGUUGAGAAUUUUUAAUAAAAAAUCGAAAAAAUUUAA